UUCUUUAUCCAUUUGUCAUCAUAGGAACUCAAAAAAAGCUAAAAGAAGAAGAAUAAGAAGAAGAAGAAGAAGCUAAAAGAAAUGGCAGCAAUGGCUGCACUUCAAAGUGCAAUGACUUCACUUUCUAUCUCAUCAAACAAUACUUUCUUUGGCCAACGCCUUUCCUUUCCCAGCUUCACUUCCACACAGGUGAAGAGACCAGAUAAUUCAUGUCUCAUUGUUGCGAGGAUUAAGCGGUGGGAACGGAAGAAAUGCAAGCCAAACAGCCUUCCAAUUUUACACAAAAUGCAUGUUAAGCUAGGAGACACGGUUAAAGUGAUAGCUGGAGAUGACAAGGGAAAAGUUGGAGAAGUGACUAAGAUCUUCAGGCAUAACAGCUCUGUGGUAAUAAAUGAAAUUAACUUGAAGACAAAGCAUGUGAAGAGUAGAGAAGAAGGAGAACCUGGCCAGAUUAUUAAGAUUGAAGCACCAAUUCACAGUUCAAAUGUGAUGCUCUACUCAAAAGAACAAGAUGUAGUAAGCCGAGUGGGUCAUAAAGUCCUUGACAAUGGGAAGCGAGUUCGCUACCUCAUAAAAACUGGUGAAAUUAUUGAUAGUGCAGACGACUGGAAGAAACUAAAGGAAGACAAGAACAAGAAAACCGAAGUAGCUGCAACUUCAUAGUAACACAGUGCAGUGAAUUGGCAAUUGAUUUAGAUUCUAGAACUCUAGGUGAGUUCCGUCAGCAUUUGUUUCUUUUCCGAUCGAGUUCUUUUGGCGUGGCCUCUUCCUUGAUUCAUAUGUGGCCAGAGUUAUAUUAGACCGCUGUUUGUAUGGCUAACUGAUACAGAUACAGGUUUUCUAGCCUACAGAUGUAAGUUUUUCUUUUGUGUUGUAUAUCAAAUGCAAUUAGUUGACCAA